CGCUCGCAAAGCCAACCUUUACAGAAUGGCCAAGACAAAAGUCGUGAAGAAGAACAAGAGGCACCAGCCUGACGAAGUUCCCGCUUCCCAGCCCUAUGCUACUCCGCCGCAGACAUGGCAACCAGCUGUUCAAGAGGCGACUCACGUUGAUAAUCAGUCCGACGGCGAGAAGAGCAGUAAGAGGAGAAGGGAAGAUGAUGGGGAGCAGUCUAAGAAGAAAAAGAAGCAGGAUAAGAAGCACAAACGCGACAAGCACCGUCACGAGGAUGAAUCUCGGGUAGCAUACAACGCCGAAGAAAUACUCUCCCCCUUCGCCGAGCCCAUACCUUCCGCGAUUGUGAGCGAUAGCCAAACUCACUCGAUUACAGCUACCCAAGAACCUCUCUUGGGUUCCGAGUCCUUGUUGACCCCCGCUACCCAAGGCGAGCCGGCUGCAUUCGCUGGGUUCCAGCCCGUGGGAGCUUCGACCCCGCUCACCACGGAGAAAAAAAAGAAGAAGAAGAAGGAUAAACACAGGAACAAGGACUCCACCCAAGAAAUCGCCUCCUCCCAACCCGAAACCCAACCCCAACCGGUGCAAAUCCCCUACGAAGGCCUCCUCGGUCACACCUCAGUUCCCACUCACACUCACCACCAACCCCACCACCACCUCUCCGCUCUCGACGAAGCAGUCUUGGUCGCAACAGCCCUCGCAGCAAACUCCGUCCCCGUAUGCGUCCCGGUCCCGCACUUCGAUCACUCGCAGCUCGACCCGAGGUUGGAUGAUCCAGCCGCAAAUGCGAUGUUGGUGCAGCAACUUGCGGCGGCGGCGGGUGCUAUGCCCAUCCCGGUUCCGAACGCGGCGCAGGGAGGGGAGUAUCCGGCCUUGUUGGGUGGAGCGCCGGUUGCGGUGGCCGCGGGUGUGGUGAGUGAGAAGGCGAAGAAGAAGAAGAUGAAGGGAGAGAGUGUGGCACAAGCUGCGAAUGAUGUCUACAACUUGACGGACGAUGACACGGAGGAUGAAGCAACUUCCACUUCCAAGAGCAAGAGGAUUAUCAAGAAUAAGGUUGCAUUCACGCCCGAAGAAGACGCCGUGAUCAAGUCCCAGAUUCAGGCCUGGCUCGACGGACAAGGUCUCUCCGAAGCAAAAUUCCAGACUAUGCUCCGCGCCGCCGACCGCCCCGCGAUCAAAACCCAGCUCAGGCCCCUCUGGAAACAACUCCACGCCGCCCUUCCCGCCCGCGGUCAACCAUCCGUCGUCUCUCGCGUUCAUGUUCUGUGGCGCGAAGACACCCCCGGCAACUCCACCCAAACAACCCAAGACGACAAAGGCCGGGACGUCGUUAUCGGCUCCUUCACCGACGAGGAAGUCGCACUUCUCGAGAAAGUCGUACAGCAGCACUGUGCGGACCAUGAGUGGUCUACCGACGAUUUUAAGGAAAAGGUGUGGAAAGAGGGGAGGACGAAGGAGGUCAAGGCGUGUUUCAAGGAGUGUUAUGCGGCUGUCCCGUAUAGGAAGCAGCAUUCCGUGUAUAAUCAUAUCAGGAGGAAGUACUCGCCGUAUGAGAAGAGGGCGAGGUGGACGGAGGAGGAGGAUCAGGAACUUGAGCGUCUUCUUCUUGAAAAAGGGAAGGUGUGGAAGGAUAUCGGGAAAGCUAUUGGACGCAUGCCGGAAGACGUCAGAGACAGAUACAGGAAUUAUCUGGUGUGUGGAGACAAGAGGAACGAUAACCGUUGGACGCGGGAGGAGGAGAUUAAGUUGAGGGAUGCGGUACACCAGGCUGUCGCGAAUGUUGGUGGUGAUAUGGAGAAGAUUAAUUGGGGAAUUGUUAGUGCGAAUAUGGGUGGUGCGAGGAGUAGGUUGCAGUGUCGCUGGAAGUGGGUGAGGAGUGCUGGGGCACUCAAGGCUGAUCCGAAUGCUGUCGCCAAGUUCGCCGAGGAGGGAGAGGACGAGGAGAAAGGUGCGAAAGAAGGGAUUCCGGCACGUGCGGCCAACAAAGCGAAGCCGAGAUGGAUGGCGGGUGAUUCCGAAUGGCUACUUGGCAAAAUCCGCGAUUCGGGCGUGCACCACGAGAACCUCAUCCGAUGGACCGAGAUCAAAGCUUCCGAUCCCAGCACCUGGUGGAAAAUUACCGACUAUAAAAAGGCGUUCCGUGACCUUCGGGCGACGAAGAAGAAGGAGGUUAAGACGGGGAUGGAAUUCCAACAGAUUGUUGGGGUGAUUUUGGAGGAUUUGAUGGAGUUGGACGAGGAAGUCAAGGUGAGGGGAGUUGUCAGUGAGGAGGGGAGGAGGAACUUGAGUAGUGAGUUUGUGAAUGAUGAGGAUGAUGAGGACGAGGAGAUGGCUUAGGAUGAGCUAUGAUAUGGUGCCGCGGUGCUUUUGGGUUCAAUACAUUUUCGUGGCAG